UCCAGCGACUCUCUGCAACUCCCUCGCCGCAGGUAAACGGUGAAUUCGAUCUGCGAAAUCGGCUCCGAAAGGCUUUAAACACCAGCUGCGGCCAUGACGGGAGAAAUGACGGAGCAGAAGAAGUUUUCUGAAGUCAUUAGUCAGAUACUACAAACUGCGCCAGACGCGAGGAAACACCUUGUUGACAACCACAGCAACCUCCUGCAAGUGGCGGACUACUGCGAGAGCAGUUACCUCCAGGCAGAGGAUCAGGCCAAGGCUAUAAAUGAGUCCAAGGCUUUGGCCGCCCAGGCUCUGGCCAGUGUCACCUACCAGAUCAACAGUCUGGCCACCACCGUGCUGAGGCUGCUGGACUCUCAGGCCAUGCAGAUCAAAGCUAUGGAGUCCUCAGUCAACCUGCUGUCACUGACUGAGGCUGGUUCUCCCUGUGCUCUGCUCCAGGCUGCAGCUAUCCACUUUGAGAAGGUGUCGAGGAGAGAGAUUGGUGUUUAUACUACAGCCAAAGAGAGGAGUCGCUCCAGGCUGAUGGCUCUGCCGCCUUUAGGCAAGGAGCCAGAGAGGAGCUACUCAAGGGUGCCAAUAUCCUACUCUGUCUUGGACUCUAUUGGACACAGUUUUAAGGUCUUUGAGGAGCAGCCCAGAAAGAGAGCAGACAGCAUACUGAGCACUGCAGACAUCUCUGUAACCAGUCUCGGCAUCGCCGUGCCUCCACCGUCAGUCCCCACCUUGCCAACCGCCACCAACCCCUCCAACGUCAGCCUGCCCCCUGCUCCUCCCCCGGCCGGUGGCCUAGACCCCGGCCUGCCUGCCCCGCCGCCCUUCUCUUCCUCCAUGGACGACAGCCUCCCCCCUCCGCCCCCCAUGACCUCACCCACAUGUCUGCCCCCGCCUCCCCCUCCGCCGACUAUUGGCUUGUCGAACGCAGCCUACCCACCUCCUCCACCUCCCGCGCCCGUGUCAGGGGGCGCUGCCCUCCCUCCUCCGCCCCCGCCUCCGCCAUCGUCAGGAGCUGGACCUCUUCCCCCUCCGCCUCCUCCUCCUCCAAUGUCAGGAGCUGCGUCUCUCCCACCUCCUCCUCCACCACCUCCUCCACCACCUCCCCCUCCCCUACAUUAACACACAAUAUGGGUCAUGAUGUUGGAUGGUUUCACUUUUGCGAGAGUAAAGCAGGUAACAAGUCUGAGCAGACAUGCUGGGUCUUUGCCAUCAGAUGAAAGUGUAAAACAUAUUUUCAGGCCUGUUUUGACAUCGACAUCAUGUGCAAAUAAAAGCUGGAAACAGUCUGUGUGUCGGUUUGACCUCGAGCUGUUUCAUCUGUGUUGAACAGCACAAAAUGAACCUCAAAUUAUAUAUUUUUUCCUGGGCCUGAAAAUCCUCCUUAGCACUGACACACUGCUGCGUUGAACGCUGCUCUGCUGAGCGUGUUUCAACAGCCCCUGCACUGCAUUCCUGAGAAACAAGCUCAAACAAGGAUUCUUGCAUUUUCGUGUUAUCAGUUUUUUGUGUCCUGUAAUGUGAUUUCCCUUCCUUUACGUCUUUGUGUUAUUACAAUAUUUCUUCAUCAGUUUCAGUGAUAUCAAAAGCUGGCGGACUUUUACACUGUCACUCUGCUGUGUGGUGAGCACUGUCAGUGAUGGGAAGUUGUUUACGUCAGGUGCCUCUUUAAACAGGUCAAUGAGGCUAUAAAAUGUGUGUUGCAAGUCAGCACUCUGCUUGAGCCGCGCUACACGGCUGCCACUUGAAGGUAAGCUUCAUUUUCAGCAUGGAAAAUAUCACAAUAGUCAGGGACAACUUAUUAACUCAUUUGCUGUACUGUACUUUAUUGUGUACAGUAUCGACAAGCCUGAUCACACAAGGCCUAUUUUAUAUUCAUCAACAAUGCAGAGGAAAUGUCUUGCUACUGUUUUAUUUUACUGACGUGUUUAUCUUUCAAAAGUUUAAAUCUAUAAUCGUAUAUGUUUGCAACAGCUAAUAAAAACUAAAAAGCUUUAUCUUCCAACAGUUGUGUUUCCAGAAUGCAGACAAAGUUGUCAUUGUGAGAAUAAAAUCUACGGCUUGUCACAUGAAAA